CUUCCUGUUUUUCUUGCAGUCACAGCACUUUUGAGGAAACUGAAGCAGCAGUCUCGAGAAAGCGUUGAGGACAAGAGGCCGAAGCUGCUGAAUGCUCUCAAAGAGCUUGGCGAUUUUUACUUAGAACUUCACUGGGAUUUUCAAAGCUGGGUGCCUUUACUCUCACGAAUACUCCCGUCUGAUGCGUGCAAGAUCUACAAACAGGGCAUCAACAUCAGGCUCGACACCACCCUCAUCGACUUCACCGACAUGAAAUGCCAACGGGGCGACCUCAGCUUUAUCUUCAGGGGAGAAGCUGUCCCGUCUGAGUCCUUCGUGGUGCUGGACAAUGAGCAGAAGGUGUACCAGCGCAUCCACCACGAGGAGUCAGAGAUGGAGACGGAGGAGGAGGUAGACAUCCUGAUGAGCAGUGACAUUUACUCCGCCACGCUCUCCACCAAGUCCAUAACCUUCUCCCGCGCACAGACCGGCUGGCUCUUCAGGGAAGAUAAAACGGAGCGUGUGGGGAACUUCCUGGCGGACUUCUACCUGGUGAACGGGCUGGUUCUGGAGUCGCGGAAGCGCCGGGAGCACCUGAGCGAGGAGGACAUCCUGCGAAACAAGGCCAUCAUGGAGAGCCUCAGCAAAGGGGGGAACCUCAUCGAGCAGAACUUCGAGCCGGUGCGGAGACAGUCUCUCACGGCUCCCUCUCCAAACACCAUCUCCUGGGACGAGUACAUCACAGCAGAGAACGGGAAAGCACCUCACCUUGGCAGAGAGCUGGUGUGUAAAGAGAGCAAGAAGAACUUCAAGGCAACAGUAGCCAUGAGUCAAGACUUCCCCCUGGGCAUUGACUCGCUGUUAAACAUUCUGGAAGUGGUUGCCCCCUUCAAGCACUUUAAUAAACUCAGAGAAUUUGUCCAAAUGAAACUUCCUCCUGGCUUCCCUGUUAAACUAGACAUCCCUGUGUUUCCCACCAUCACAGCGACAGUGACGUUUCAGGAGUUCCGCUACGACGAGUUUGAGGACUCCAUCUUCACCAUACCCAACGAGUUCAAAGAGGAUCCCAGCCGCUUUCCUGACCUUUGAACCUGCGACCCCAACAACACAGAGAGCGAGCGAGCGAGCGAGCAGCAUCUCGUACUCCUAACAUGGACUGCUUAUGGACUCACAGAAUGGCAUUGGUGCCAUCGCGUCCUUAACGUGGUGAAAUAUCAAAGGGAGCUUAUUUGUAUAUUAUGGACGUGCUGUAUGUAAUGUUUGAUCGGAAAAGGGAAUAUGUUAAACUGACCUGUAGCGAAGCACUGAAAUUGAUAACUGUACAUGGAACAAAACAAACAAACAAACAAACAAACAAACACUGCCCCACAGCUUGGGGCAAGAAGGUAGUGAUGUGUGUGUGUGUGUGUGUGUGUGUGUGUGUGUGUGUGUGUGUGUGUGUGUGUGUGUGUGUGUGUGUGUGUGUGUGUGUGUGUGUGUGUGUGUGUGUGUGUGUGUGUGUGUGUGUGUGUGUGUGUGUGUAAAGCAUAGACUUUGGCACCAUCCUAAUGCACUACAUAGCGGAGCACUGUGCCGAGUGUCAGUCGGCAACCAAGAGGUGCUCUCCAACGGACCUAUUAAAUGGUGACGGUACAUUCAGUACUGUGUGAGUUUGAAACACAAUGCCAUGGAAAAGUGAGGGGUUUUUUAACGGCUGACCUGGUAUUCGCCACCUUAGAUGUGAGCAGAGACGGCAUUAUAAAGGAUUCAUGUAAGCCUUUGUUUUUGGUUUCUUAUAUACUUUUUGUAAGACUGUGUUACGAAUAAUAGGAUACACUUUAAAGGACAGAAAACUCAACUAAGGGGUUGUACAUUUUCAAGAAGAUGUCUGUAUAUGGGCCAGAAUGAAUGAUGGAAUAGCGUCAUGACAUGUAAUGUAAAUAGAAUUUCUACAGAUAAGGAAAGCCUUUUUUGUUUGUGUUAAAUGCCUCUCUUACCCUCCAGUUCCACCCAUCCCCUCCUUACCGUUUGUCUUCUUUGUGUUAUUAAAAGAGUGGGAACUGA